UCCCUUUGUUUAAAAAAAAAAAUGUUUCUAAUACCAAAAGUUAACCCAUGAUUUUUAUUGCGCAUGUGUUUCAUUUUUGCAAUUUAUUCAAAGGUCGAAGGACCGGAGAUUUAAGAAAAGUAAAGGCAGACUGUUAACAGAAGAACAACAUGGCGGUUCAGUAUGGAAACGCCACGGUAGUGCCAGUGGGAUACCCCCAGCCUCAGCCCAGUGUGGUCGUUGUCCAAGGAAAUCCCAGACAACAUGUGCAAGGACUCUGUCCUUAUUGUGGGGUUGGAGUCCCACAGAAAAGCUUCACACUACUCGGGAUUAUUCUUGCGUUCGUGUUCUUCCCGAUUGGAAUACUGUGUUGUCUGGCAAUGAAAGAAAGAACCUGUGGACAUUGUCAUGCUACUAUUUGAUACACUUUCGUGAACGAACAAUACUUUCAAUUACAUUUUAUCUAACAUAUUAUAGUUAAUUUUGUUACUCUAGAUUUAUCUGACAAAUGUUGAAUAUAAUGUUUAAAGAGCAAAUAUAUCAAUUUUAAAGGCAAA